AACGAGGAAAACAGUUUAGGGUCAAUAGUGUUUUAGGUACCACUACCUCACCAUUUUCUUUCGAUUUUCAAACCUUUGACGCAAAAGUUCCCGUUUACAUAUCCUCAUUCAUCUUUGAUUUGCUGUCUCACCAACCAAUUUCACAUGAUUUCGGACUCUCAACUCUAUUUGGGUCACCCUCCAAUUCUCUCGAUUUGAUUUGGUUCCUCCAAAGUCUCGCAAAAUAUGACUUCGUUGGUAGGUUCAUCUGUUUUCCCUCUAAAUUCACGAAAUGUAUCUUAUCGCUCAACUGGGUAUUGUAAAUCUGGCAAAAAGAGUGUUGGUUAUUCAGUCUACGCAAGGAGAUUCGUCUGUUCUAGUAUGGCUCCUCAGAAUUUAAAGCCUGCUGAUAAUUUUCGCCCCUCCGAAUUCAACGAUUCGUCUUUGAAUUUGUUUACAGAAGAUUUGGAGGAUACAGAAGUGCUUAUUGAGUGUAAAGAUGUUUACAAGUCAUUUGGGGAGAAACACAUCUUAAGAGGUGUAAAUUUUAAGAUCAAGUAUGGGGAAGCAGUUGGAAUCAUUGGGCCUUCUGGCACUGGAAAAUCUACCAUUUUAAAGAUCAUUGCAGGGCUCCUUACUCCAGAUAAGGGGGAAGUGUACAUUCGAGGACGAAGAAGACAUGGAUUGAUAAGUGAUGAUGAUAUGUCUGGCCUCCGAAUUGGCCUGGUAUUUCAGAGUGCAGCACUUUUUGAUUCUUUAACGGUUCGGGAAAAUGUUGGUUUUCUUUUGUACGAGAAUUCAAGAAUGCCUGCGGGUAAGAUUAAAGACCUUGUUGCAGAAACAUUGGCGGCAGUUGGGUUGAAGGAUGUUGAGGACCGGAUGCCAUCUGAGUUGUCUGGAGGGAUGAAAAAAAGAGUGGCUUUAGCACGAUCUAUAAUAUAUGAUACAACAAGUAAUACUAUAGAACCCGAGGUUCUCUUGUAUGAUGAACCGACUGCAGGACUAGAUCCAAUUGCAUCUACUGUAGUUGAAGAUCUGAUCCGGUCUGUUCAUUGCAAAGGUGAAGAUGCACUUGGGAAGCCUGGAAAAAUCGCGUCUUAUGUGGUUGUAACUCAUCAACACAGUACCAUUAAAAGAGCUGUCGACAGGUUGGUGUUUCUUCAUGAAGGAAAGGUUGUAUGGGAAGGAAUGACUCAAGAAUUCACUUCAUCUACAAGUCCAAUUGUUCAGCAGUUUGCCUCUGGGAACUUGGAUGGGCCCAUUAGGUACUAAGUCGGUACGCAAUGAUUACAUAGAGCGUUUCUUGAUCUUCGAGGAAUUUGAUUAACUUGGAAGAAACUCAAGGAAGUUGUGGAAAUGGAUCCAGGAAAAGAUGAGAAAAUUGGAACCAAGUAGAUAUCCGUUUGUGCCAGAAUUCUUCUGAGUUUUGACAGUGAACUCAAAUUAAUGAAAUAGAAGUUUCAUUCUUUUCACUAUCAUCUAGUUUGUGAUAUAGAAUGUUAAAUUCUUUUUCAUACAGUUGUCUAUCUGUAAACAUAUUGUUCUCAGUUUCAUAUUGGUAUGACUGAGUAAUAGGAUGAGGGUCUAAGGGCCCACUAGUAUCUGGGUUGCCGGUAGAAUCCAACCUAAUUGGAGAUCAAAGUUUAAUCCUCACCAACGUGGAGUUUAUGUAAGUUUUUGUCGUAUAUAAGGAAUUCUUUAUGAUUGAGAAGGAAGUCAUAGGUGCAUAUAAGGACUUCAGUUCAUAAAUCAUAACCAUUGGACUUCUUUCACUUGAAGAAAUGAUGUAUUGGAACUAUUGUUAUGAUCUUAUAACUACCGAAUGAUCGACUUGCCUUC